AUGGAAGAGCUUAAAGUUACGCCGGCAUUGCUGAUAGCGUUGUUUCAAAAACCUCAGGAUCGAGUGUUUUUGAUUGAUCUGGAGAAUAGCGUUCUAGAUUUUGUUGAAUCCUCAGCUUAUACUUAUCAAUUGAAACCAAUGAACUCUUAUUAUAGAUUACUGUCGCAUCAAGUAGCAGAAUACCAUGGUUUGCAACAUACAGUUUCGAAGGACAAUGAUAAAUGUGUGAUCGUCUAUAAACAGAAUGACUAUGAACCAAAUGCAAAUCUGAUCCUUCUCCAGGAAUUGGAACCACAGGUCAUGUACCAGUUUCCACCAGAGUAUUACGCCCUUGCUUCGAUGGCAGCAGCUAAUAAUCAGCAACAAUUGAUACACAAGACAAUAAGACAAAAGCCAAGACAGAGUAGUCAGCAUCAUACGCCAGUGUCAGCUCCUGAACACGUAUCGGAUAAUCAAACAACCAGAGACAAUGCACAGGUUACUGAUGAUAAAAGUGCUGAAGGGGUUUCACCUGCAGCAGCAGCUCUUCGUAUGUCUAUCAAGAAAAAAGUGAAGAUACUUAAACGGGAGGUGGAAACAGAUAGCGGACAAUCGAGGGAUUUAAGCCACGAAGCAACUACUUCAACAUCAAUAGAAAACACUUUGGAAGAAGAAAAGGGUGCAGGGUCAAAUAAAGAUUCGACGGUCAUAGAUUUAGAGGAACAGAGAAGAAUAAAAGAACAACAGUAUAAUGAAGAAAAAGAGAAGAUCUUCUCUGGUUCUCCAUCGUCCCUCACCCCAGUUUCCACCCCACCUGCGACACCUGUAACACUGAAUUCUGCAAGUGGAUCGAAUGGGGAAGCAGAUGAUUCUCCUCAGCCUCAUCAGUUCGAGACUUCCAGAUUUAAUCUAAACCAUCAAAACGAAAUGAAAUAUAUGAAGAAAACACAAUACCAGCAUAACAACAAGAGACAGAACUCACACAAUAACAGGUAUAACAAGCCAUUGAAUAGACAGCCUGUUAUGCAUCCAUAUUAUGGAGUGCCACCUCCGAUGGCACCAAUGAGACCAGAUUCUAUUCCGUUCGGAUAUCAGAUGGUAGCGCCAAUGGAGUAUAUGUACUACCCUAUAGGAGCUCCAAUGACUAACAAUCGAAUGAUGAUACCAGGACAACCAAUGUAUGCCAUGCCACCACCAGUAUUUCAACCUUAUGAGAAAAAGAACAGUGGUAAAAAUGACUCUAAUGGAUACAAAAAGAAUGGAAAACCCAUAAAUGAAGCACGUCAUUUUCGUUGCUGA